GGGUGGUAAUGGACCUGGUGGCUCGAAAGAAUUACGACCGGGCCACAUAACAUGGCCCGAGGGCCAGGCAACUAUGGCCCGAGUUUUGGACCCUGCUGGGCUUUUGCGGUGGCCGACUCAGCCCGGAGGGCGCUUGGCCCUGCUGUGGGAACUAGGGCUGGACUAGGGCCCGCCAACCGCUUGGGAGCCUCGCUGUUGCCAGGCCUAGCUGUACUAGCUUUUUUGCACAUGCCACGGUGAGUGUUUCAUCCUUUAUUUUUUCCUAAUUUGAUGAUAAAUUUGCAACUUGGAGCCUUGGAGAGUACGUUUGAAGCUCGAUUGCAAGGGUUCACUCAAUACAUAGAGAUGGAGGAGCAGAGCCCCUUCAAAGAAGAAAAUGAGUCAUGGAGAGUGUUGGAGUUCUAUAGCGGCAUAGGAGGCAUGCAUUUCUUUUGUUAUGGAGUCUAUCAGCAUAUGCCCAUCAAAUCUUUCAGAGAUACUCACUACUGCAAGCAAAACUUCCAGCCACUAUAGUGGAAGCAUUUGACAUUAAUGACAUGGCAAAUGAUGUGUAUCAACACAAUUUUGGUCAUCGUCCCCAUCAGGGUAACAUUCAAUGCCUCUCUGCUGUAGAGUUAGACAAAUUUGCAGCACAUGCAUGGCUUAUGUCUCCUCCAUGUCAACCAUACACACGACAAGGUCUUCAAAAGGAUGCUGAUGAUGCUCGGGCAUCCUCUUUCCUUGAAAUUCUAAAACAAAUUCCACAUGCAUCAAAACCACCUUUCAUGCUAUUUGUGGAAAAUGUGGUAGGAUUUGAGACAUCCAGAACACGAGAACACUUGAUGGAAAUUUUGGAGAGAACUGGAUUUGUUGCUCAGGAAUACAUUUUGAGCCCAGUGCAGUUUGGUGUGCCAUAUUCUAGACCUCGAUACUUCUGCCUGGCUAAAAGAAAACCAUUAUCUUUUACAAAUCCAAGCAUCAAUGAUCAACUAGUUCGGGCGGCUCCUUUUCUGCUACAUGAGUAUUGCAGUGCUAUGGAUGAUAACAUCUCUGAAGAAAUGUCUCAUAUAUCAUGCAAACAAAUCAAGGAUUUUCUUGAAACUGAUAGUUUCUUAAGUGACAUCUCUAGGAAUACAAGAUCCGAGCAUUGCGAAAUGCUUGAUGAAACACCAGAUGAUCUUGUUGGCAUUUCUAUCGAGGAACAUUGUGUUCCAGAUGGAAGGGUAAUCUUACAAGCAUUCAAAAGUACAAAUGGCUCGGCCGAAAGCAAUGCUGAAAAGAACGAUGUUCUACAUGGUACAUUGAGUCCAUAUACUGUUCCGUUGAGCUUGAUUGAGAGGUGGGGAAGCGCCAUGGAUAUAGUUUACCCAGAUUCGAGACGUUGUUGCUGUUUUACCAAAAGCUAUUACCGAUAUGUGAAGGGAACCGGCUCCUUGCUGGCAACAGUCAGAGUACAGAGGAAGCAACCAUUAGAUGGAAAAGUGGAACUUUCUGAGCUAGGUCUCAGAUAUUUUACUCCUAGAGAGGUUGCUAAUUUCCAUUCUUUACCAGAGAAUUUUGAGUUUCCCGAGCACAUAAACAUGAAGCAAAGGUAUGCUUUACUGGGAAACAGUUUAAGUGUUGCAGUGGUAGCACCAUUGCUCAGAUAUUUGUUCACAGACUCUCGUGGUUGCCCACCUCAUGAAUGAAACAGUUCUGAUGGACUCUUUCAGAAAAUUGCCGAGGAACUUCAUGGAGUGGAAGACUGAUCUGUCAAUACCACUUAUUUCAGAGCUUUGACCUGCCGAGGAUUAACCAUUAAUUGGCUGAGUCGUCAAGGAGCUGAUUGGCAUGCUGUCUUAUGCUGUCUGAGUUGAAUCCCUAGUGGCCUGGGGUUGUAUUUUUUGCAGUAAACGAACAGCAGAGAGUAAUUUUUCGGUACAGCCGAGUAUUUUACCAGAUCAGUUCUCUUGAAAAUAUUCACGUUUAGUGACCGCUUAUAACUGAAAAGUAAAGAUGGAUCAGGACUCUGCACCGACCCGAAACUUGGUUGUUCUGGGUCUGAAACACCUGGGCUUGGUCUGAUCUGCUGGUUUCAGUGAAGAAAAUGGAGGAAAGAUGACAAAUAAAAGAGUGUCAUUAGGUUUUUAAUAUUGUAAUUAAGAAUUUUUAUAUUUUUGAAAUCGUGUGACUACUCAAGUUUCAAAAAUCUUUCUUCAGGUUAUUUAAGUACAAUUUUUUUACAUCUUGGAAUACGUAUGAAUUUUUUAAAUUUAUUUAUCUUUUUCUUGCGA